UUUUGGUAAGAAGAGCGAGUUUGUUUUUACCGGGUUGUCUUUAGCUCUCUCUUGUUCACGAGCUCUAUAUGUAGUUGUGUAUAUCUUGAAUGUCUUUAUACAUAUUGUUCCUUUAUCGCUAUUUUUCUUGUAGUGUUCUCCAUCUAUGCUCUCUCUCUGUCUACCAUUUGAGAACCCCUACAUUUCUUCUGUACCGAUUGACCAUAUCAAUCGUUUGCAGAACCAAAACUGUCACUCAGUAAGCCACCCUCCAUGUGUUUGUCUCAUUGUUCCUUAGAGAAUAUGAUCAUGUGUGCUGCUCUCCACUUUCCGUUUGGCUGCCUCCUCCUUCUCUGUCUCUGUUAGGUUGUUAAAAGUUCUUAUUUUUCUUCAUCUUCUUUUUCCUUUUAUUAUUGAUUUCAAGUUUCAAGAAGAAAAACCCUCUUGAUUUGAGGUGGGUUCUUGAUUUUCUCAACUGGGUCAUGGCAGUUUGCUGUGAUCUUCAAGUGGAUGUCAAUGGGGAAGAGACUUUCAUGGUAGACAAGAAAAUUAUUUCUUCAUAUUCAGGCAGAUUAAGAAAAUUGUUUGGUAACUCAGCUGGAACUGCGAAAAAUCUGAAAGUGAUAUUUCAUGACUUUCCAGGAGGGGCAGAGAGUUUUGAGCUUAUGUCAAGGUUUUGCUAUAACAAUGGAAGGGUUAACAUAAAUCCUUCUAAUAUCUAUCUCCUUUAUUGUGCUGCACAAUUCAUGGAAAUGGACUUUUCUGUAUCUGGAAAGCAUAAUUUGUUGGAACAAACCCAGAAGACACUUAAAGAGAUUGGUUAUUGGACAUGGCCUGAGCUUUUAGUUGCUUUGAAGCACUGUCAAGAGUUACCAAUGGUGGAAAAUACUUCAUGUGUCAUAGAGAAAUGUAUUGAUUCCCUUGUAGGAAAGAUGGUUUUCGCUAGUGAAUUAAGCCCGUGUUCGUCUAUUUCAUCCCCAGAGAGUUCAAGUUUUCGAGUUUCUUGUGACACCAGAAGCACUGAAAGUUUCAAGAAUUGCUUCUCCAGAGCAACAUGGUGGUUUCAGGAUCUUCUAGUGUUGAGUCCAAGUCUAGUUGAAAUGGUCAUAAAAGCAAUGAUUAGGCGUAAAUUCGAUCAUAUUAUCAUCAGUAAGUUCAUCUUUUACUACCAAAAGGCAAAAGUUUUCACAGCCAAAUCCGAUAAGUGCAAGGCUAUUGAGACGGUCAUCGAUGUGCUUUACACACUUAAUUGGAACUCCAUUUCGUGUAAGAGUUUAUUUGGGAUUCUUCAAGUGGCCUUAAGUUUGAGAAUAAGCAAAUGCUGCAGGAGGAAGUUGGAGAGUAUGAUAGGUUUUCAGUUGGAUCAAGCAACAUUAGAUAAUCUGCUUGUUCCAUCUCUGCACGGAAUGAGCUACUUGUAUGAUGUAAAUCUUAUUCUAAGAAUCUUUAAGGCAUUUCUGCAUGGAGGAAACAGUGAAGUUUCUUUUGAGAAACUGAGAAAAGUUUCUAGCUUGAUGGAUUUGUACAUGGCAGAAGUAGCCCCCGAUCCCCGUUUGAAAGCUUCCAAGUUCUUGGCUUUAGCCUUGGCCCUUCCGGAUUCAGCUAGAGAAUCUCAUGACGAAAUCUACCAUGCCAUAGACAUAUAUCUGGAGGUACAUGCAGGAUUAUUAGAAGAGGAAAAGAAGAAAAUAUGUUUUGCAUUGAAUCAUGACAAGCUCUCCUCUGAGGCUCGUGUACAUCUUUCUCAGAAUUCAAGAUUUCCAUCGAAAACUGCGGUCCAAGCUCUCAAAUCUCAACAGCUGAAUCUUAAGAGCUUAAUCCAGAGCUCCAAUAAUUCUGAAUCAUACACUGACUCGCCUAUUGAAUUCAAGGAAAUCGAAAACAAGGGAAAUAAAGAUGUAGCCAGUGGACAGUUUGUGGUCUAUUCUCGGAAGCUUGAUUAUCCAAUUGACGAUAAAGAGCAACUCAGAGCACAUAUUCAAGGAAUGCAAUCGAGGGUGAUGGAAUUGGAGAAGGUUUGCAGGAAAAUGCAAACCCAGAUGUCAAAAAUUGCGAAAUCAAGAACUCCAAACCACACUACUUCUAGAUCAUUACCCAGGCUAUGUUCAUGACUUAAUGUUGCUCAAUAUUGUUGCUUAUUCAACAUAUCUGUACAUGUGUAUAGCAAAAUGAAAGAUUUUUCUUAGCUGUGUCCCUUUCUUUUCUGCAAAACCAAACAGGAUUAUAUCUUGGUUGUACAGCUACAAAAAAGAAAGAAAGAAUGAUCUUUAGAUUGA